GGACAUUUGAGCAAAAAGCUUGAGUGAUGUGCCUUCACAAACAAUUUGCCAAUGAUUCAUUUUUGCAAAUUGUUUUUUUAGGGUAUGUUGUUUCAGCUGAUGGAAUCGCAGUAGAUGAAGAAAAGGUUAAGGCUACUAAAGAAUGGCUGACACCUAAAAAUAUUUUUGAGGUGUGGAGUUUUCAUGGUUUGGUGAGUUUCUAUCGGAGAUUCAUCAAGGAUUUCAGCACAAUUGCAGCAUCGAUAACUAAAAUUGUGAAAAAAAGUGUUGGAUUUAAGUGGGAAAGUAUUAGCAUUGGUGCUGUUUUGAUGCAAGAGCAGCGACCUAUUGCAUUUUUUAGUGAAAAAUUGACUAGUGCAGCACUUAAGUAUCCUACUUAUGACAAGGAGAUGUAUGCAUUGCACCUUAAGGGACAAGGUAAGUUGAGUAGACGACAUGCUAAGUGGGUGGAAUUCCUUGAGACGUUUCCCUAUGUGAUCAAGUAUAAGCAAGGAAAGGAAAACAUUGUGGCUGAUGCAUUAUCUCGUAGGUACACACUUAUCUCUACCCUAAGUGCAAAGUUAUUAGGUUUUGAGCACAUUAAAGAAUUAUAUGCUAAUGAUCCAGAUUUUGCUAAUGUGUUUAAUGCAUGUGAGAAGAUUGCUUUUGAUAAGUUUUAUAGGCAUGAAGGGAAAACUUUAGAUAUUCUGAAUGAUCACUUCUUUUGGCCACACAUGAAACGUGAUGUUGAAAGGAUCUGUUAAAGGUGCAUAACAUGUAAACAAGCAAAAUCUAGAGUUUUACCACAUGGUUUGUAUACUUCUUUACCCAUAUCUACUGAACCUUGGGUUGAUGUAUCUAUGGAUUUUGUUUUGGGCUUACCAAGGUCAAAAAGAGGCCACGAUUCUAUUUUGGUUGUUGUUGACAUGUUCUCGAAGAUGGCACACUUCAUUCCAUGUCAUAAAACUAACGAUGCAAC